GAUGUGAGAUUCGGCUUUCACGUGUGUUUGUUGAUUACAAUCUACAAAUUGUUUUUGACACCAGUUGUGUGUAUUAAAAAAAGAAACUUUUUGGAAUUUUAAUAUUCUUUAUUUAAUACUUGGUAGCGGAGAUAUUUUUAAAAGCAAUUUUCACAGUUUUGCUCAAUUAUUUACACUUAUUGAAGCACCAUUUAUCGACUUGGUUAGAAGAUUUAUUAUAUCUUGAAAAUUUUUAUCUUUUAAGUAGUCAUGGUUGAUUAUUAUCCUUCAGAAGUUGCAAGAUUGGUUUUAGGUUAUAUGAAAGAAGUACUUUGUCCGCAAACAUGGGAAACCUUUUUAUCAGAAAGUGCUGAUCUUCAAGAGCACAAUCGAGUGCUGCAGAGUGGAAGAUCAGGCUCUACAAAUAUUGAAGGAAAAUCUCUCCAAGAAAUCCUUCACGAAUACCAUUGCUUAAAAGAUGCUGCUGAAAAUAGAGUAAGAAAUACAUCCAAUUCAAGACUUGCUAGAUUAAAUGGUUCACAUUCUGUUGCAAUUUCAAGUAAAAGAUUUAGAAUUAAACCCUAUUCUAAAAAUAUUUUAACUCCCCAAAAAAUAUCUUUGCAUAGAAGACAUCUUAGAUUACAGAAUAAUAUGGCAAUGAAUAGGUUUACUCGGUCAGAAACUGCUAUUCGUUUUGCUGAAAGUGGACACCUAUCGCCACACAGUGUGCAAAAGUAUCUUUCUACUCCUACUAGGUCAUAUUCAUUCAUGGUACCUGACCAACAGCACAUAAAAUGUGUUACUGCUCUAAAUUUUGACAUUAGCAUUGAAGGAAACGAAGAAUCCACACCUAUAAAAAGUAAUUCCGAAACUACUUCGUCGCCGCCUUAAUGUCCAGCAAUAAAUACAGUCUAAAAAAUGAUGAUGUACUGUAUGUAGAAACUGUAUGAUGAUAACUGAAACUGUAUAUUAAUGACAGUAUGAAACUGUUGAUGUACUGUAUGUGCUGGAAAAACAUUUGGUCCUGUAAUAUCAACAUCUGUAACUGCAACUUAAUAUCUAUUAUUUGCAUACACUAUGAUAUCUAAAAUCUAUUUUUGUAGAUGAUAUUGUUUGAUAUGAAGUCGACAUUAUGAUAUGCAUUUGCAAGACAGCCAGUAUAAGACGUUGUUACGUGA